AUGUGACUCCGCUGAACCCGGAAGAUACAUUCCCAGCUGUGGCAGGUAGGCUGUUGAUGGUUGCUGGUCGGUUUGUGGAGGUGAACUAAAAAAGACAAACUAGCGACUGAAAUGUUAUCAGGCCGACGGUUUGAGGACUCAGUCAAACGCCGCUGUUGAAGUUGACGUACGCACCAGGAGAGGCUGGUGUGUGUGGCCCUGACGCCAAGUGGACUAUGUACUGCCACCACUACAUGUCCCUGCUCCUCCUCGGUCUGUGCUGCUGCGGCUGUUUCCUGUGUGUACUGUCCUGCGAACAAGAGCCAGCGACUCCAGACUGGCGAAUGACUUUGAAAACCAUUCGUAAUGGCAUACAUAAGAUUGACACGUACCUAAAUGCUGCGCUGGACUUGAUUGGCGGCGACGAUGGGUUGUGUCACUACAAAUGCAGCGACGGUUAUAAGCCAACACCUCGUCCUGGUUACAAGCCAUCGCCACCCAAUGGCUGUGGGUCUCCACUGUUUGGAUUUCAGUUUGACAUAGGUAUCCCAUCCAUGACCAAGUGCUGUAACCAACACGACCGUUGCUAUGACACCUGCGGUCAAGAGAAGCGCGACUGUGAUGAACAGUUCCAAAACUGCCUGGAGACGAUCUGUAGGAAGGUGCAAAAGACUCUUGGAUUGGCUCAAAGUGUCCAAGCAUGUGAAUCAGCGGUGGCUCUUCUGUUUGACGCUGUCAUGCACUUGGGGUGUAAGCCCUACCUGGACAGCCAGCGGGAGUCCUGUGUGUGUCAGUAUGAAGUGAAGAGGGAGCUGUGAGCCUCCAUGGAGACAAAACUGUGAAGUGGACUGAAUGAAAGACACUGCAUACCACAGUGGCUGAAUGACAAGCAACCUUGUUUUAGGCUCUUAGAGCAGAUGUUCUCAGGGAUGGGGCUUGAGUGACUGGUCUCUGCUGUUGCUUGUGUCCUGUUAGGUUUCUAAAAGCACACUGACAUGGCUAUUAAGUGAAUGUUGGAUUACUUUGGUUUGUAGAGUUAAAUGUUGAUGUUUUUCCAGUUGCAGUCAUUAUUUAUAUUUUGCUAAUAUUUGUUCCUUAUCUUUAAGUCUGGCAACUUGUCCAGGGUUUUCCCCUGACUUUUGUCCAGUGCAUGCUGGGAUAGGUGGCUCUCGUCCAUAUAACUCUGGAUAAGAAUAACUGGGCAAAGAACAAUAAUUAAUAAAUGAUGUUUGUUUCCACCAUUUCCUAUGCAUUCCUUAUUUUUAAUUUAUAAAAAUGUUAUGUGGCUAUUUAAAAAAUAUUUUUUAAUGGGGUCACAUGUUGACGGUAAUGUGAGCACAGCAUUUUAGAGCUUGAUACUGUUUCAUUUUUUAAAUUAUCCAGACAGCAGCUGAGUAUUAACAGUCACUAAUGCUAUAAACAAAUUAUAGCAUCACUGUUGAUGGAAUUUCAAUCUCUGACCAAAAAUUAACAACACCGUCAUCAGAAACACAGCUGGUAAACAUGAAUUGACAGACCAAGCUCUUGAUGGAAGAAAACGCAAGGCUGUAUUUACAACCCUACAACCUGUACAUUCCCUACAAGUCAAAACACUUUUAUUGAAAUCAUACAUAGAUACUACCUGAUACAUGAAAUGAUUUGUAAAUAUAUUUCAGUUAUAGAAGACAAAUGUUCUUUUUGCAAUUAUUUGGUGGAAACACUAGAAUGUGUUUUUUUUUUUUUUUUUUUUUUUUUGGUGUGUACAUGUGACAUUAUUUUGGGUUGAAUUUAAUUUGGAUCUUAAAAGAUAUUUUUUGUAAGGAAAUGUUAUUUAAAGAAUAUGAUAUGUUGUUAAUAUUCAACAAACCUAAUUUCUCCAGCAAUAAGCAAUAUGUUCCUAAUUUGCACAUUAUUUUGGCCAAAUUUUCCAUUCAUAAAAUGGAAUUCGUGUUAGCUACCAUCUUGUUAUUAAAUUUAAACAAACAGAUCCAAGCAUAUAUUUCCAAACACUAUCACAUCAAAAAUCUGUAAUAAAAAAUUAAACAGGUCUAUUAAUUUAUUUUAUUUAACAAACCUCUUGUGUAGGCUAAUUCUUUUCCUUUGUGAUUGCCUUUUUCUCACAUGGAACUAAAUACAAUAUUUUUUUAUUUUAUUUUA